UCUGGAACAACGCACGUUGGCCCUCGUCGGCCGCCGUCCUCGCAGUCGCUGCGGUGGGGCUCGGGGGGGCGGUAGACGCUGAAGCAAAGUGCUUGGGGAAGUGGUGCGAUGAUUUGUCUCCAGAGGUGAAGAUCGACGUUAUCGCCAGUUGAGUAUUUUCGUUAUCUGCAAAUAAUUUUGGCCAGGUGGCAAGUGUAUGAACUGUGGAGUAAGAAGAACCUGCUUCUGCCUCUGACUUGGGUUCUAGUCUACAGGAAUAAGACAUUAUCAGUACUGGAAGAAGGAGGAGGUCUCAGGCUUAGGAAAUCAUCAUUUCUGGCAGCAGCCUGACCUGAGAUAUCUGACCAUAACUUCCAGGCAGGCCGGGAGCAGACAGAAGACAGAGCAUACCCUGCAGUUGCUAGCCCUUUCUUCAGAACAGAAGAACAUGACCAAGGCCCGGGCAUCAUUAUCAUUUGAGGACGUGGCUGUGGGCUUCUCCUGGGAGGAAUGGCAGUUACUGGCUCCAUCUCAGAAGGACCUGUACCGGGAAGUGAUGUUGGAGAACUAUAGGAACCUGGUGUCAGUGGGUUAUCAAGCUGGCAAACCAGAUUCACUCUUCCAGUUGGAGCAAGGAGAACCAUCAUGGACGGUAGUGGGAGCAGCUCAGAGUCAAACCUGUCAAGAAGAAAUAUGGGAGAUUGACCAUAUGCAGUGGCACCCAGAAAACCAAAACGAGAGUAAAACUUUGGAAAGAUAUCAGCAAAGUUAUGCACUUGGAAACAAUUUCGAUUUAUGCAAAAGUCUUGUUCCUUUAACACAAAGACACAAUAAGUUUGGCUCACAUUGUAAAAGUUUGAAAUCACAUUUAGGUUUUGUUAUCCAGAAUAGAAGAUACGCAGGAGAGAAUUCUGAUGAGGUUAGUGGAUGCAGGAAAUCAUCAGUCUACAUCCAGCAGGAUACAAUUCUUACUGGACUUAAAUGCCUUGGAUGCAUUAAACCCAGUAGCACUAAAUCACAGCUCAAUGAACAUCAAAAAACUUACACAGAAGAGAAGCCACAUGAAUGCAGUGAGUGUGGGAAAGCCUUCUCCAGGAAGGCACAACUCAUUAGGCAUCAGAGAACUGAAAGAGGAGAGAAGCCACACGGAUGCAAUGAAUGUGGGAAAACAUUCAUGAGGAAGAUUCAGCUCACUGAACACCAGAGAACUCAUACUGGAGAGAAGCCCCAUGAAUGUAAUGAAUGUGGAAAAGCCUUCUCCAGAAAGUCACAGCUUAUGGUACAUCAGAGAACUCAUACAGGAGAGAAACCCUAUGGAUGCAGUGAAUGUGGCAAAGCCUUCAGCCGGAAGUGCCGGCUCAAUAGACAUCAGCGAUCUCACACAGGAGAAAAACUCUAUGGAUGCGGUGUGUGUGGGAAAGCCUUCUCCCAGAAGGCAUACCUCCUUGCACAUCAGAGACUUCACACAGGAGAGAAGCCUUAUAAAUGCAGUGAAUGUGGAAGAACUUUCUUUUUUAAGUCGGACCUGACCAAGCAUCAGAGAAUUCAUACGGGAGAGAAACCUUACGAAUGCAGUGACUGCGAAAAAGCCUUCAGGAGCAAGUCAAAGCUCAUUCAGCAUCAGCGAACUCAUACCGGAGAGAGACCAUAUGCAUGCAGUGAAUGUGGCAAAGCCUUUGCCCACAUGUCAGUUCUCAUUAAACAUAAGAAAACUCAUACAAGAGAGAAAGCUAUAAAUUCACUGAAGGUGGAGAAACCUUCCUCAGGGAGUCAUAGCUCUUUAUACAUGAGUGAACUUGCACGAGAGCAAAGCGAGAUGAACACAGUGCCUGUGGAAAUACCUUCUUUGGGAACUCAACCCUUGUUAAACCUCAGUGAGUUCCUCGGGGGUAGAAAUGUAGUGUUUGUGGAACAGCCUUUUCUAAGAAGUCAGGCCUCAGUAGAUAAUAGGGAAUUUGCACAGGGAAUAAGUCUUGCAAAUGCAGUGAAUGUGGCAACACCUUCGGUAAUAAAUUAUGUCUUAUAUGUUACAGACAUUGUGUAGGAAAGAAAGUCUCUGGUACCAGAAUGUAUCUGAUACCAGAAAAGCCUUUAGCAAGAAUCCUCCACAUAUUAUAUGUCAGAGCUCAUUUUGCACAUAAACGCUAUGGAUGCAGUGGUGGUGGAGGAUAAGUCUGUGAGAAUUCAGACUUAUUAAAUUUCUAUGAAAUCCCACUGGGCAGAAAUGCAGCUAUUGUAGGGAAGCCUUUUCCUGGAGGUGAUAUCUCCAUUGUUAUCAAAGAAUUCCCACAGGACCAGAACAUUAGGAAAGAAUGUGAUGAUGUUUUCAGUGAUAGGUUCUAUCUCAUCACAUCAGAGAAGUGUAGAAAGAUACCUCUAGAGACACUGAAUAUGGACAACAUUUUCAGUAAAAUGUGGAAGAACUCAUAGGAGAAACCCCUGAACACAGUAAAAGAUGGAAAUUCUAAAAUAGGAAUUCUAUUGCCAAACUAACUAAUGUGGCACAAUUUAAUACCUUGGGAAUCUGGGAAAGACUUUUCUAAUAAAUGAAAUCUUGGGCACUAGGAAUUGAAUUAUGUAGCAAAAACCUAUGAAUAUAAUGAAUAUGGAGAUACAACUUUAUUAGUCUCUUAUGGCUGCUGUAACAAAUUACCAUACAUUUGGUGGCUUAAAACAACACAGCAUUAUAGCUCUGGAGGUCUGAAGUCUGAAAUGCAUCUUGCUAGACAGGGAGGUCACAGGGCUGCUUUUCUUUUUGGAGGCUGCAGGGAGAACCUGUUUCUCUUUGUCCUUCCAGCUGCUAGAAGUUGCCUGAAUUUGUGGUUUGCAGACCCCUUCCACCUUCAAAGCCAGCAAUGGCCGGUCAACUCUUCCAUCACUCUGACACUGAACUCCUGCCUCCCUCUCCUACACUUAAGGACCUCUGUGACUACAUUGGGCCCACCCAGAUAAUCCAGGAUGACCUCCCUAUCUUAAAAUCAGCUAAUUAGCAACCUUAACUGCACCUACUACCUUGAUUCCCCCUUGCCUUAUACUGUGAAAUAUUCACAGGUCCUGGAGAUUAGAAUGUGGACAUCUUUGGGGGGCCAUUAUUCUGCCUCCUUCAGAACACCCUCUGGCAUCCAAUUAUUUGUCCAUACUACAUGAAAAAUACAUUCGCUCUCUCUUAGCACCACCAAAUGUCUCAACCUAUUACAGAACCAACUCAAAGUCUAAAACUGCAUCUAAAUCUUCUUGGCUCAAAAGCUCUAAAUCAAGUGUUGGGUGAGGCUCUGGGUAUGAUUUGUCCUGAGGCACAGUUCUCCUCUGUGAGGCUGUGAAACUCUAGAAACAAUUCAUAUGGGCCUAAAAUACCCAAUUGCAUCUUUUACUUUAAAUGCCUUUUGCCAUGUAACGUAAUAUAUUUACAGGUUCUGGGGAUUAGGACAUGAACAUCUUUGGGAGGCAAUUCUGUCUACCACAAAAACACUAGAUUUCGGGGAAUUCAUACUACAGUAAAUUCCUUCCUAGCCUUUAAAUAAAUGUAGAGAAGCGUGUUCACAGAGUAGUAAUUAUCUUUGAUAAUUAUGGUCCAAAUACAGUAACUUUUUUUGCUACAAUCAGGGAAUCUUACACCUGUGUCAUUAGAUGUGACCAGCAUGGAAUCCUUUUGAAAUACGUAAAUCAAAUGAUGAACACUGGCAAAGAACUCAUAAAUGCCCUAAAGGAACAUGAGCUUUAUGUGCUGCAAAUGCUGGCAAAUGUCUUUGUAUCUAUUCUGAAAUUGUAUAAAUGAACAUACCCUAUUGAGUAUAGAAUGCAUAUUCCGUAAUGCACCUAAGUAACAGAAUUAUUCACAGCCAAUUCCAACAACCUUUUUUCUUUAACAGUAAAUGUUUAAUGUAUAUACUCUCAUUAAAUAGCCAAAAAAACCCAGACAAAAUACAUGAAUGGCCUGUUUUCAGACAUUGGGUAAUAGGGAGAUGAGCACAGCUAACUCGAGAGAAAGGGAACAAAUGAAGGGAGCCUUAUGACUACCUCCAGCUUACAGCCUGGAGAGAGUUUCCAUUCUGUAGCAUAGGGAGAGGGAAUCCAAUCAAAUCCUGGCAGUCUCUCCAAACUGAGGCAGAGUUUAGGGUUUGGAGAAUUAAAGGUGGCUCAAAUUUAUGGGGCAGGUUACAGGAGAGGAGAGAGCUGCACCCAGAGUGAGCACAUUCCUCCACAUGAUUUGAAGUGAUCAGCACAUAUAUGUGAAGAAGCUCCCUGGGCUGGAGAAAGAACCACUGGAAAGGAACAGGCAGAACCAUCCUUGGAAUUUGCACAGGUUGGGAAUAAUUUGUUUCCACCAGCUGGAAUGGAAACCCCUCCCAACAUUUGGAAAAUCAAAGUGGAUCUUCAGAAAAAUAGUGCUUCGGGGGGGGGGGGGGGCGUCGCUCAAAUUGACUCUAGAGUAACAGCUACUCUGAACCUUCCUGACAAAGCAUAAAUGUGAAUUUGGUAGAUUAACUCAUAAGUUUUAGUAGUUUUCUGUAGUCUUUCUUGGGUUUUCUUUAUACACAAUCCUGUUGUCUGCAAAUAGCAACAGUAUUCUUUUCUGAUCUUUAAGCCUAUUAUUUUUCUUGUCUUAUUGCACUGUGAGGUUCUCUGGCAUGAUGGGUGGACAGUUUGUCUCAUUCUCAGUCCUAAGGGAAAAGUGCAUUUUGCACAUGGAAUGGUGAAUUUCGGUGCCUCAAAGCUAUUAUAAAACCAAACUGUUCCCAAGUAGUUUAACUGCUUCCCAAGAAGUUUAACUUUAAGCCCAGUAGUAUUUAAAGAAUAGAAAGCCAUCCAUCAACCAAGAAAACCAACAGUGUCAAAAUCACAAUGUCUGGCAUUUAGUCAAAACCUACCCAGGUAUGCAAAAGCAAAACAGGAAAUUAGGAUCUAUAAACAUGAAGAAAAGUCAAUAGAGACCCAAAAUUGACAUGGGUGACAGAAUUAACAGAAAAUGAUGUUAAAAACAGCUAUUAUAAAUAUUCUGUGUACUUAAGAAGGUUGUAUCAAAUGGAUUAUAAAAAUUACUGUGGGGUUUCUCUCCACGUGAGGCCAGUCUAGUCACUACAGCCCCCACCCCCAGGUUGUUCAGCCUCCCAGGAAGAGGUCAGAAGGAGGUAAAUUCCAUCAGUGAGGACCAGGUCCCAUGAGGAGGAGACCCAAGCCCAGCUGAAGUUGGGGAGUGUAGUUUGGUCUCUGUCUAAUCCCUCUUUGGUUUUUCUGGGAACUGAGGCAUCUGUGCUGAGCCACAGAUUUCUGGGAGGUGCAGUUUGGGAUACAUUGUCUUCCUAGUUAGUGGCUAGUGCUUCUUGGCCAUUUGGCUGCCACAGGGGUUCUGGAACAUGCCUUUGUCUAUUUUUCUUCACAUGAGAAUUCUGCCUGGAUUCAAGUGGCUAUUGAAGAGGGUGCCUGUCAGACCCUAUCAAAGAUGUCUGGGACUUCUAUAUACAGCAUGUGAGGGAACUGGCUUUCCACGGGUCAAUUCCAAGCUCAUCCUGUGACUCAGCUUGGACAGAGUCAGAUCUUGGCAGGUCUGUCCUGCUGUAUGACUGGGGCAGGAGAUGGCUCUACAGAGCUCCUUUGUUGUGUGGGAGGCAUUUGUCCUCAUUCCUCCUGCUCUAGGAGGCUAGAUGGACACAGGGUCCUUGGGAGGGGAAUUUGAUUGUGGGUCCUACUGAACCUUACUUUGCCCCUUAUCCCAUCCCUUCCCCUCCCGGUCCCCAGGAAAAACUUUGGGUGUUCAUGUGUUCUAUGGGGUGUCUUGUCCUGGCCUCCUCUUUCUGUCGUCACGAACAGAGAACUUCUAGAACAAUGUCUGCCAUGCAGUGCCUUGAAGACUAAGCAGGCAACUUUGAAAUAAUAUUGUUAUGAAUGGGAAGAUGAUUUCAGCAGAAAGAAAUUCGAUUGACAUACUUUAGAACCUACAACACAAUCUCUACAGAUUUACAGAUUCCACCUACUUCAUCUUGCUUUCCAGUCUAGAAUUUGGAUCUCUAGAUUUUAGAACCUGCCAGACCUCAGAGAAGAAGUCUAGAAUCAGCUACCCCACAACAAGUUGCCUAGUGCUGGUUCUGUAUAGGGGAGCAGUUACUCCAGGUUUGGCUUUCUCUGUAUUUGUAUCUGUGUAUUAGGGGUGAAGGUAGAAGACUAGAAAUUCCUAGUUGGUGUGUGGACUGAUUAAUCUGCUCUCUGAGGACUCCAUUUUCUAACCCCAGCUUUGUGAUUUUAAGAAUUCAUCCUUCGUGGGGCACCUGGGCUCAGUCAGUUGAGAAUCCAACUCUUGAUUUUGGCUCAGAUCAUGAUCUCAGGGUCAUGGGACUGAGUCCUGUAUCGGGCUCCACACUGAGCGUUGAGUCUGCUUGGGAUUCUCUCCCUCUGUCUCUCCCAUCGCCCCCCACCCCCUGCACUCACAUGCUCUCUCUCUAAAAAAAAAAAAAAAAAAUUCAUCCUUCAUGAAAAGAAGGGUGUUGAGUAAUUGUCAAAUCUCUAAAAGCUAGCCUGUCAUUGAAAUGUCUCCUUUCUUCUUCUUUUUUUUUUAAAGAUUUUAUUUAUUUAUUUAUUAGAGAACGAGCGAGAGAGAAACAGCAUGAGAGGGGGGAGGGUCAGAGGGAGAAGCAGGCUCCCCGCCGAGCCGGGAGCCGGGAGCCCGAUGCGGGACUCGAUCCCAGGACUCGAUCCCAGGACUCCGGGAUCAUGACCUGAGCCAAAGGCAGUCGCUCAACCGACUGAGCCACCCAGGCGCCCCUCCUUUAUUCUUAAUCAGAGCUCUAUUGUCAGAUGUUCAGGACCAGAAAAGACAGUAGACUAAAAAUGCUGGCAAUUUCCUAAGAACAGAAGAAAAUGACCAAGACCCUGGUGGGUUUUUUUCUGUGUUUUGCCCUUCAUUGUCAUGGAUUUGCAGAGGCUUAUAAAAAUAAUUAACAAAUGGAAACAUACAAACAUUCCUAAAUUCAGAAUUGAAGGAAAAAUAAGCCAUAAAAUCAACAUUAGGACAAAGGUAGAAUAAUGAAAUGUAGACCACUGAGUUUGCUUAAAGGAAUACAGGUAAACAGGUAUGUAAGAAUGUAUGAUGUAUUUAAAUUGAAUUACAAAUACUUUCUAAUGUUUCUAGUAUUGAUAAUGUGUUCGUUUCCUCUUGGUGUCAAAAACAAAUUCUCACAAACUUUUAGCAACUUAAAACAAUGCAAAUUUAUUAUCUCACAUUCUUUAAGUCAGAAGCCAGGAUUGGCUUGGCUAAUUUCUCUGCCCUGGAUUUCAUUAAGACUGAAAUAAAAGUGGGCCCACAGAGUUUUAUUAGAAGGCUCUGGGAAGAAACUGCUUCCAAGAUUAUUCAGGUUUUGGUAGAAUCCAUUCCCUUGUGACCAUAUGACUGAGCCCCCUGUUUCCUCACUGGCUAUCAGCUGCAGGUUGAUCUUUGUUCCUAGAGGCUGCAUAUAUUCUUUCUGGUGCUUUAUAUAUGGUCCUUUUCCAGCAAUCAGUUGAGUUCCUCUUAUGCUUCCAGUUUCUCCAGCUUCCUUCCUGAAACAUCUUCCUCUUCUGCUUCUAGCUGCUUAUGUGAUGACAUUGUACCCUGAUUAUCCAGGUUCAUCUCCCUGUGUACAGUCAACUGAGUAGUAGCCUUAAUUACAUCUCCAAACACAGUACCUAAAUUCAUUUGAUUGGACAACUAAGGAGCAGGAAUCUUGAAGGAACAUCUUUAGAAUUCUACCUAAAGAAAUAAUAGAUGAGAAACACUGAAAGUUAUAUGAUAUGUAUUAUUCCUAAGGAGAAAUCAGACCAGCUGCUUAGAGGAAAUAAUUAUUUCCUGGAGCUUACGUCUUGAAAUCAGAUAAUUAACUUCUCCAACUUUGUUCUUCUAUUUCACUGUUGUUUUGGCUUUUCUACAUCCUUUGCUUAUCCAUAUAAAUGUGAAGAUUAGCUUGUUUACUUGUUUUAAAAAUGACUUUGGUAAUUUUGGUAGAGAUUAUAUUAAAUCUACCUUAGUAAAAAAAGAUUAGUGGGGAGCCUCGCCAUCCAUGAACAUGAUACAGCUUUUCUUUUGUUUGGGCAUUCUUUGUUUCAGUAAUGUUUUGUGCUUUUCAUCAUAGCAGUCUUGUACAUCUUUGAUUUACUCUUGGGUAUAAGGAUUUUUUUGUCUUAAUUUUAUUUUUCAAUUGUUUGCUAGUACAGAAAUACAACUGAUUUUUUAAUAUUUUGAUCUUUUGUGAAUUUGGUAGAUUCACUCAUAAGUUUUAGUAGUUUUCUGUAGGCUUUCUUGGGUUUUCUUUAUACACAAUCCUGUUGUCUGCAAAUAGCAACAGUAUUCUUUUCUGAUCUUUAAGCCUAUUAUUUUUCUUGUCUUAUUGCACUGUGAGGUUCUCUAGUAUGAUGGGUGGACAGUUUGUCUCAUUCUCAGUCCUAAGGGAAAAGUGCAUUUUGCACAUGGAAUGGUGAAUUUUGGUGCCUCAAGGGCAGACUGUGCUGGGUUAAGUAGUAUUUCUUGUUUUAUUAUUAUUGAUUUUAUUGUUAUUUUAGUGGUUACUAUAGAGCUCACAGUGUGACAUCUUUCAUUCAUCACGGUUGACCUAGGAUUGAUAUCAUGACAUUUUACACUGUUCAUUUCACACACCUUACCUUGCCUACUUCACACUUGUAAUUCACACAUUCUAUUUCACACUUCCAAAAAUUUAAUAACCUAAUGGCAGUAUAAUUCCUUUUAAGUCCAUUCUCUGUUUUUUGAGCUAUCAUUGCCCCACCUUUUAGUUUUUUAUUGUUACAAACCCACCUUAGGUUGUUACUAAUUUCAUUCUUAGGCAACAGAGGGCCAGAUAGUAAAUAUUUUCAGCUUGGCUGGCCAUACAGUCUCUAUCAAAUCUGUUCAAUCAUCUGACUAUAGUGAAAGCAUUCAUAGAUAGGUAAACAAAUGGAUGUGGUUAUGGUCAAAUAAAACUUAACUUAGAAAGGUAGGCGGGGGGGGCGCCUGGGUGGCUCAGUUGUUAAGCAUCUGCCUUCGGCUCAGGUCAUGAUCCCAGGGUCCUGGGGUCAAGCCCCGCAUCAGGCUCUCUGCUCAGUGGGAAGCCUGCUUCUCCCUCUCCCACUCCCCCUGCUUGUGUUCCCUCUCUCGCUGUGUCUCUCUCUGUCAAAUAAAUAAAUUCUUAAAAAAAAAAAAAAGUAGGCAGGGGGCGCCUGGGUGGCUCAGUCGGUUAAGCAUCUGCCUUUGGCUCAGGUCAUGAUCCCAGUGUCCUGGGAUCAAGUCAUGCAUCGGGCUCCCUACUUAGCAGGGAGUCUGCUUCUCCGUCUCCCUCUGCUGCUCCCCCUGCUUGUGUUCUCUCACUCGUUCUCUAUCUCUCUCUCAAAUAAAUAAGUAAAAUCUUAAAAAAAAAAAAAAAGUAGGCAGGGAGGGAUGCCUGGGUGGCUCAGUUGGUUGAGCGUCUGCCUUCUACUCAAGUCAUGAUCCCAGGGUGCUGGGAUCGAGUCCUGCAUUGGGCUCCUUGCUCAGCAGGGAGCCUGCUUCUCCCUCUGCUGCUGUUCCUCCUACUUGUGCUCUCUUUCUGACAAAUAAAUAAAUAAAAUUUAAAAAAAAAAAAAGGAAAGAAAGAAAAGUAGGCAGGGAGCUGGAUUUGGCCCAUGACCUCUCCUAAACAAUUUACCCUUUAAAGAAAAUGAGAAGAAUAAGAACCUUACAAAUAUCCCAUUAUUUACCAUUUCUGGUGUUCACUACCUUUCUGUUGAUCUGAAUUUUCAACUAGCAUAAUUUUCUUUCAGCCUGAAAAUAUCCUUUAAGAUUUCUCUGUGCAGAUCUUUCAGCAGUGAAUUCUCUCACAUUUUGUUUAUUUAAAAAUGUCCUUGGGGUGCCUGGCUGGCUCAGUCAGAAGAGCAUGUGACUUGUGAUCUCAGGGUGGUGAGUUUGAGCCCCAUUUUGGGUGUAGAGAUUAAUAAUAAAUAAAUAAACUUAAAAAAAUAAAAGUAAAAAAUAAGAUUGUGUUCAUUUCAAAAAAUGUGUUUAUUUCAAGUGGCUCUGUGUCAUGUGUAGCGCAUUGGACUUUUUUUUUUUUUGCGCAUUGGACUUCUAAUGACGAAAAAUACCUUAUUUCACACUAAUUUUUAUUUUUUAUUUUCAUUUAUUUAUUUUAAAAGAUUUUAUUUAUUUGAGAGAGAGAGAGCACAAGCAGAGGGGAGGGGCAAAGGGAGAGGGAGAAGUAGACUCCCUGCUGAGCAGGGAGCCUGAUGCUGGGCUCCAUCUCAGGUCCCUGAAAUCAUGACCUGAGCUGAAGGCAGACGCUUAGCCAACUGAGCCACCCAGGCGCCCCGUCUCUUCUUAAUAACAUUUCUUUUCUCUAGCUUACUUUAUUGUAAGACUACAGUAUAGAAAACAUAAAAUUUGUGUCAAUUAACUUUAUGUUAUCAACAAGGCUUCUGGUCAACAGUAGGCUAUUAGUAGUUAAGUAUUGGGGGAGUCAAAGGUUAUACGUGGAUUUUCAACAGCAUGGGGGUUGGUGCCCCUAACCUCCACAUUGUUCAAGGUUCAACUGCUCAAUUUUCUGCUGGUUCAUACACAUCUGAACAUCAGAGAUACAUCUGAAUGGUCAUUUUUUUUUUAAUAUUUUAUUUAUUCAUGAGAGUCAGAGAGAGAGAGACGCAGAGGCAGAGGGAGAAGCAGGCUCCCCGCCCAGCAGGGAGCCCGAUGCGGGACUCGAUCCCAGGACCCUGGGGUCAUGACCUGAGCCGAAGGCAGACGCCUAACCAUCUAAGCCACCCAGGCGCCCAUGAAUGGUCAUUUUUUAAAAGAUUUUAUUUUUAAGUAAUUUCUACACACAGUGUGGGGCUUGUGCUCACAACCCCAAAAUCAAGAGUCACAUGCCCUACCGACUGAGCCAGCCAGGUGCCCCUGAAUGGUCAUUUUAAUAUUUCAUUCUUUCCCCAUAUUUUGGAUGUUUUAUUUCUCAAUAUAUUAAAAACGUAUUAAUAUCCUGGGUUAUAAUUACUCAUGUGCAGUCAUUUCAAGUCUGAUUCUAUGUUCUUUCUGUUGAUACAUGUUUCCCUGUAACUAUAUAUGGUGGUAAAUGCUAAUUAGACUUACUGUGGCAGUCAUCUCACAAAUAUAUUGCAAAUCAUUAUUUUGCACAACCUGAAACUAAUGUUUUAUGUCAAUUAUACGUCAAUAAAAAUAAAUAAAAGGUAGUAUUUCGUUGGGAAAAAAUAUAUAAAAGCUCCUUGAGGGCCAAUAUUUGCUGUGUUUUUAUGUUAGCACUUAGUUCUCUAUCUUUAAGUAGAUGUUAAAAAUGUUUUUAAAA